AUGUCCUUAGAAAGAGAAGAGCCAAACUAUUUUGGUGCAGGUCCUGCACUAUUACCAACCCCAGUUCUCCAGCAAGCAGCUAAGGAUUUGUUAAACUACGAAAAUAUCGGUCUGGGUGCAGGUGAAAUCUCACAUCGUUCCAAAGCUGGUGCCAGCAUCAUUGACGAAACUAAAGAAUCACUGAAAAGCCUAUUGAAUAUCCCAGAUACUCACGAAGUUUUUUUCCUUCAAGGUGGUGGUACAACUGGUUUUUCAUCAGUUGCUGCCAACUUAACUGCUGCAUUUGUCAAGAAAACAGGUAAGCCUGGAACUCCAUACUAUGUGAUUGAUGGUACCUGGUCAAAGAAAUCAUACGAAGAAGCAGAAAGAAUGGGGGUUCAUCCAAAAGUUGCAGUCAACAGCAAAGAAGUUGAUGGUAAAUUUGGUACCAUUCCACCAACUGAUAAAUGGAAUAUUCCUGAAAAUCUUGAAGAUGUUUCCUACGUUUACUACUGUGAUAACGAAACUGUCAAUGGUGUUGAAUUUAGACAAUUUCCAUUUGAAAAAUUCCCAGGCGUUGAAAUUGUUGCUGAUAUGUCUUCCAAUUUCCUAUCAAAACCUGUCGAUGUUAGUAAGUAUGGCCUAAUCUUUGCAGGAGCUCAAAAAAAUGUCGGUAUUGCCGGUAUCACGAUCUACAUUAUCAAAAAGUCUCUCUUGGACCAAGCAACUCCAGACACACUUAAGGACAUGGGAUUGUCUGUUGUUCCAAUUGCCUUUGACUAUCCGACUGCUGUGAAAAAUGAUUCCGCUUAUAACACCAUUCCAACAUUUACUGUUCAUAUUGUCAAUUUAGUUUUGAAACAUUUGAUUGCAAAGGGUGGACUGUUAAAGCAAGAAGAGGAAAAUAUCAAAAAAGCAGAAUCAGUAUACGCUGUUUUAGAUAAGUACCCAAAUGUUUACAAUUUACCAGUAGAGAAGUCAGCAAGAUCACGAAUGAAUGUUGUAUUUACCAUUAAAGAUGGUAGUUUGGACUCCGAAUUUCUAGAAGGUGCUGAGAAGCAAAAACUUUCAGGCUUAAAAGGACACAGAUCUGUUGGAGGUAUGAGAGCUUCUCUGUAUAACGCUGUUACCCUAAAAUCGACGCAAUUGUUAUGUGAAUACAUUGAAAAUUUUGCGCAGAAACAUCAAUAA